AUGGGUGAUCAGGAGCAGGUGGUGACUUAUUCAACUGUGAAAGUUCUCCAGUCUGCUUCAAAAUCUCAGAAGAGAUUAAGGCCUGAUGGCACCAGAAGGCCUGGGAAAUCUGCCAAGAAAGAGUUUGCAGUGCCCUGGCAUCGCAUUGCAGUGAGUCUUGGAAUCCUGUCUUUACUUCUCUUGAUGACGAUCACAAUGUUGGUGACAAUGAUUUUCCAGUUAAUUCAGGAAAAACAUCAACAACAAGAAAUUUCAGCAAAUCUCAAUCAGAGUGAGUACUUGAAUGAGCAACUUCUGGCAAACAAGACUUUAGAAUGUGAUGUUCUCAGACAUCGAACCCUUCUACAGCAAAAGACACCGGAGUCAUUCUUUUCAAAAAAGAUUGAAUGUUGUACAAAUCCAGGUAAAAGCUAUGACGGCUACUGGUCCUGUGGUGGAGUCAAUUGCUACUAUUUUACAGAGGAAAAGAAAAACUGGCAGGAAUGUAAACAAACUUGCCAGAAGUACAGCUCCUCACUUUUGAAGAUAGACAAUGAGCAGGAACAGACAUUCAUUACAUCUCACAUUCAUACUAAUAACUACUGGAUUGGACUGUCAUAUGAUAAAAAAGAGAAAAAAUGGAAAUGGAUUGAUAACGGUUUCUCACCUGGAAUGAAUUUUUCAAUAAUGAAUUCACCUGCAAUAGGACAAUGUGCAUUUUUAUCCUCAAUAAGAGUAGAUGCUUUUGAAUGUUCUGAAAAUUACAGUUGCAUCUGUGAAAGGAGCAUUGAUUGUAUUUCCCCCACUUCAAGGUGUACUUAGAAGUCCAAUGUGGAAACAGAAUGAGCUGGAAAAGGAAGAAAACAUUCAUUUGGACUGUGACUUGAGAGUCCAGACACCAUCUUCUUCCUGUGGACAGCUUGCAAAACAUAUCUUUGGAAAGGAAUUGCCCAUCUUCAUGGUCUCAAGGAAUUAUUCUCUUUUGAUUACUCUGAGUCAUCCGUGAAACCAAUUGGACAAUGCUGGUAUACAGCCUGGAUCUUUUCCACUUCAAUGGGUUCAACAUGUUGUCAUCAUCUGACCUUGACAACAAAAAUAAAAAUU